AUGUGGCUCUUCCGCGCCACCGGCAACGAGUCCUACUUGGACAUCCUGUCCUCAGGAAACAACGGCGGCGUCCGCAGUAUGUUCUCCUGGGACAACAAGUUCUUCGGCGUCCAGCUCCUGGUCUCAAAGUUCAUCUUGCGCGGCAAACUGCAGAACGGCAAUCCCUGGGCAGCGUACAGGGAGAACGUCGACAUGUUCGUCUGCUCCGUAAUGCAGAAGGCGGGGGACACCAACGUGCGGAUGAGCCCCGGCGGAAUGCUGUGGUUUCAGCCGUGGGGAAACACCCAGUACAUCACCUCCUCCAUGCUGGUCCUCUCCGUCUACGCCGACUACCUCGAAGCGGCAGAAGCCACCCUGGAAUGCCUCGGUGGCAACGUCGGCCCCAAAGACCUCAUCUCCUUCGUCACCUCGCUGGUGGACUACAUUUUGGAUGCCAACCCAAAGAACUUGAGCUACAUGGUGGGGUUCGGGUCCAGCUAUCCUGUUCACAGGUGCACCACAAGAGAAGGAUUCGAUUGGUUCAACAAGAACGCGCUUGACCCUAAUGUGCUGGAGGGCGCCCUCGUCGGUGGCCCCGACGCCGACGACGCCUACACCGACUCCCGAUCCAACUACCAGCAAGCAGAGCCCAUCACCACCGGCAAUGCGCCUUUAGUCGGCGUACUGGCGAGGAUCGCACCACUGUCAUAA